AUGCUUCGUUCCGCGAUCACUUUACUUUUUGCCGUGGUAUGUGUUGGCUUGGUUUCUGCUGCUGUUGCACCUAUGCGUAGACCUCGUCAAUUCAGAAUGACUAUUUAUUCCGAACCUAAUCAUCAAGGUCAAGUUCAAUAUAUCAAGGCGACCAACGGUGCUAUGACGCCCUGUUGGAACCUGACCAACACGGACGUUGGUUCGUAUGAAAUGAACGAUCCUUUCGUCAACGUCACUUUCUAUCAAUCUGUUAAUUGCAACGGCACUGUUAUUGCUACGUAUCCUCAUCAUGAAAAGGGCGAAACCACACAAAACCGCGUUAUGAUUGAGGCCGCUUCUGUAUCCGUCGUCAAGGUGGAUUAA